AUGAGCAACUUAACUUCCAAAAGAGUCAGACUUGAUAGCAAUAAACUCAAAGAAAAAACCUUUAACUUUGUAGCAGAGUUAAAAACAAAUACAGAAAAGUUGACUGACAAUAUCAAACAACAAGAGAAAAAUAAUACACAAGAAUGCAACUUUCAAAACAAUAAUACAAACAACAAGACAAACUGGGCAGAUGAGAAGAAAGCUCUGAAGCCUCUUCCUCAAACAAGAACAACACAUGAGCUUAGCAUACCUAGUUCCCAAACCAGUAAACCACAAUCUACCCAAAGAGGAAAUCAACUUGCUGAAAACAAACAAUG